AUGGACAAGAAUGAAACCAAGGAAGCGCAAGAGCAAGAAUUGGAAGCGAUAGAAGCCAUUUUCGCCGAUGACUUCAAGCUCAUUCCAACGACAUGGGGCGGCCAGCCCCCACAAUUCAUGAUCCGGCUCUCACCGCCACCGGGAAUGGUGGACGAGAUUUAUGCCAGCGUGUGGCUCACUAUACGAUUCACUCGCUCGUACCCAAGGAACGCACCCAUCAUUGAGCUGGAAAAGAUCGAAGGCCUGUCCGACGAACAGUUGGCAGAGCUGCAGUCGCUUCUCGAGAAGGAGGCCAAAGGGAUGCUGGGACGUGAGAUGGUGUACGACCUGACUGAAAUCGUGCGCGAGUUCCUUCUGCGCCAUAACCACAAGACGCUCUCCUUCUACGACGAGAUGAUGCUCCACAAGAAGGAGGAGGAACGAGAAGCGCUGGAGAAGGAGCAAAAGCGAAUGGUGGAAGAAACCAACGAGCGGAAGAAGAAGGAGGACCCUCUGGAGCGAAGGAUCAGGGAGGAGUUCAAGCGAAAGGAGGAGGCUCUUCGCAGGAUCAAGAAGAAGGACAGCGACUGGCUGGUGCCCAUGGACGACGAUAUGUCGGACGAUGAUGAUUAUGGAGACUACUCGGAGGCGAGCGACAAUUCGUUUGUUCCCGCCAAGGGCAAGGAGAAGGGCGUCAGCGUGGCGAUCAAGGCCAACGCGCUCGCCAAAGGUCUUCACGAUCGCAAAGAGGAGGUGGUCAAAAAAGGCGACAACCAGCCGAUACGGUGGAAGCGCAGAAACAGCCUCGGCAGGGGUACCUUUGGCGAGGUGAUUCUGGGCAUGAAUCUCGGUACAAGGAAGCUGAUGGCGGUAAAGGAGGUCAACUUCGGAAACGUGCCCGACAUCAACAAAAAGAUGGACCUUGUUGCAAACGAAAUCGAGUCAUUGCGCGCGCUGCGGCAUCCCCACAUCGUGGAUUACCUCGGCACCGAGAAGGAGGACAACACGCUACGCAUUUUCCUCGAGCCUGACCUGGUCAUGAUUAGGUUUGUCGCAGGGGCCUCAUCUCUCGCACAGCACCUCAAGGAGAGCGGCGGUUUGAACGAGACGAUGCUGCGAAAGUACACGAGACAGAUUCUCGAAGGGCUCAAAUACCUCCAUGACCGAGGUGCUGUGCACGGUGACAUCAAGUGCCUCAACAUGCUGCUUGAUCACAAGGGCAACCUCAAGCUCUCCGACUACGGCUGCACCAACGCCAAGAUCAACGCUCUGCUUACGGCCAAGGCGAGCGACUUCACCAAGAACACGCCGAAAAAGGAGGACGAUAUAUUCAGCUUGGGCGUAGCCGUGAUCCAGAUGGCCAAAGGCAUGCCCGACGACAUCAACCCGGCCAUUCCCGACUACCUGUCUCGUAAUGCAAAGGACUUUAUACAGUCUUGCUUGCGCAGGAGCUUGAAGGAUAGACCCACCGCACAUAAGCUGCUCCUGCAUCCUUUCGUGGCCGACAUCUCCACGCCCAAUCCUUGGUACCUGCCCGGCAGCCCGCCCUCGUCCGUUACUCCAAUGCCUCACCGGCGGCCCAUCGACGAGUCCUCCACCCAGUCCUCGAUGAGCUCGGGCCACGAGUCUUUGGCGCAUUCGCAAAACAACAUCAACUCGCGCUAUCAUGCUGACUUCAUAGAGCUGGAAGAGCUUGGCAGGGGAGGGUUCGGCUCUGUCGUCAAGGUCAAGAACAGACUGGACGGCCGUCUGUAUGCGAUCAAGAAGAUCAAGCUGCACCCGGGCGAUAGCUUCAACCAAAAGAUGUUGCGCGAAGUCACCACUCUCUCGAGGCUGAACCACCAGUACGUUGUACGCUACUUCCAGGCGUGGACGGAAGGAGGCGCGGACAGCACGCUCCCAUACGAGGAGGAUGAGGACGACGUGGAAGAGGAGGACUGGCUAAGCAGCAGCUCCAUGACCUCAUUGACCCGAGACUUGGGUCUGAAGCUAGACGCGGCAGAAGCCAAAAAGAAGAAAAACGCGGGCGGCGGCCAAAAGGGAAGGGCCGCGCUGGAAAAGAGCAGCGACAGCGAGGACUAUUUCAUUCGCGACGGCCAAGACGACACUGAUGAUGACGCACAGACGCACCCCAUGGUCUUGACUAAAGAGACUGUGGACAUGGCCUGUGUACAGGACGACGAUGGGUUUGACGAUGAAGGAGCAGAUGAGGACGACCAGGACAACCACGAUGACUCUGAUGAGGAGAAUGACGACGACGACGAAGAUUACGAUAGCUCAGAUGCUACGACCACACAUGCCAAAGGACAAAGGGCGAGAAACGGCGCGCCCGAGACUCUGUACAUUCAGAUGGAGUACUGCCCCGGCGACACCCUACGAACAGCCAUUGACAAGGGGCUGUCGGACGAUGAGAUCUGGCGUCUGUUCCGCCAAAUCCUCGAAGGGUUGAACCACAUCCACCUCCAGGGCAUUAUUCACCGUGAUCUCAAGCCCAUGAAUAUCUUCCUCGACCAAAACGGAGAUGUCAAGAUCGGCGAUUUUGGCUUGGCCACGACUGGCACGGGUCGUGUGGCGAAGAAAGAGCUGCGGGAGUUCGCCUCGCUCAACUCGUCCGUGGAUUCGGUCUCGUCGCUGAAGGAGAGUCUGACGAUUGGUGUGGGCACGCCCUUCUACUGCAGCCCCGAGCAGCUCAAGGCCGGCACGCACUAUGACCAGAAGGUCGAUCUCUACUCACUGGGUAUCAUCCUGUUCGAGAUGUGCCACCCGAUCACCACCGGAAUGGAGCGUGCUGAGGUGUUGACGGCCCUGCGUAACGACAUGAAGCUUCCGAGUGGCUUCGAGAAGGAGCACUCCACCGAGGCGGAGCUCAUUCGCUGGCUUUUGCAAGAGGACCCCAACGCUCGGCCCACCACCAUGGAGCUGCUCAAGAGCGACCUCCUGCCCGCCAAACUGGAAGAAGAAAUCCUGAAGGAGGCGUUGCGCACGAUCACGAUUCCAGGCACCACGAUCUUCAACAUGCUCAUCGAAAAGCUCUUCUCGCUGGUGCCCGAUGAGCACCUCGACUACACCUACGAUUCGCACGCGACGAGCAAGCUCCACAGCACUGCAGAGCUGCUGCUGCGCGAGCAGGCCUUCCACAGGAUCACCGAAGUAUUCAAGCGCCACGGAGCAAUGCUGCUCGAAACUCCUCUCCUCGUACCCAAGAGUGGCGUACUGGAGGAGGGAAAUGUGGCUACGCUCAUGGACGACAGCGGAUCGGUGCUGAUGCUGCCCUACGACCUCACCCUCCCCUUUGCCCGCUACGCUGCUCACAAGGACAUCGUCUCGCUCAAGCGAUACAACGUCGCGCGCGUCUAUCGCAAGAAUCCGGCAGGAGGCCAGCCGCGCGAGCUCUUCGAGUGCGACUUUGACAUCAUCGGACCCGUGUCCUCCCGGUCGGUGCAUGAUGCCGAGACGAUCAAGGUGCUCGUGGAGGUCCUCGAAGAUUUUUCCAAGCAGCUUGGCCCGUACUCCAUCAAGAUCAAUCACCACAAGAUCCUGCUGGCGAUGAUGGACAUCUGCGGUUUCCCGAAGGAGACCCGCGCCAAAGUGUGUCACGUCAUUGAGCAAUUGUGGAAGCGAAAACAGCGCCACCGCGGUUCCUUCACAACGCAAGGCAAGACCGGGCAGACAGCGGGAGCGGGUCCGUUGCCUUCGACGUCACCGUCGUCGUCGGGUUCGGGCAUCCCCAACACAGGCCCUGGCGGGAAGCCGGACAACAAACUGUGGACCAACAUCAACAAGUACCUGCUCAAGAUUCCAGGCGUGAGCCAAAAGUCGGUGGAUAUGCUAAGCCAGUUCCUCAACCUCAGAGGCGACAUCCAGACGAUGCUCCUAAAGCUGGAGAAGUUGAUCAAGGGCCACCGACAAGGCCAAGAGGGACUCGAGGAGCUGCGCCAGGCAGUCAAAUAUCUGCAGAUUUUUGGUGUUCUUGAUCGCGUGUUCCUCGACAUCGGAUUGGCCUACAAUUUUCUGUACUACGAUGGUCUCAUUUUCCAGGCUGUUCUCCAAGAACAGAACGAGGUCAUCGCCGCUGGCGGCCGUUACGACGGGCUGGUGGCCAAGUUUCAGCCUCCCAACUCAACUUCAAGCGCUGUAGCUGCGGUGGGAGUGAACAUUGCCAUCGCCAAGCUCAUCAGCAGCUUUAUCGCCUACGAGACCCGCAAGGCAAAGAACGAGGGCCGCAAACUGAGGAAUUGCGAAACAGAGGCAUACGUUUGCUACAUUGGACGAAACAUGGUGGAGGAAUGUAUAGAGAUUUGCAUGGAGCUGUGGGCCAAGAACAUCAAGGCCGAGUACAUGGACGGGGCAUCGAACACCGCUAUCGGCGGCACGGGGCUGAUGGGCGCGGCGGCUGGCGCCAACGCAAUCACGGUGGGCGGCGGCAAGCACACCAUGGAGGAGCUCUUUCUCGCCUGCAAGCAGGCCGGCGUGCGGUGGAUGGUGGUGCUCAAGGACCGCAGCUACGAGAAGACCAAGAUGGCCAAGGUGCGGGACGUACAGACCCGAACGGAUGCCGACGUCCACAAAAAGGAUCUCGCCGAGUACCUCUCGCUUUUGAAAUCAGGUGCGGCGCUGGCCCAGCUGCAAGCGGCGGUGAAGACGCCCUCGAGGGAGAUCAGCCGCGAGGCCAUGACGGAGAUGGUCGGACCCACAACCUCUGGAAACAACGUCAACACUCGAGGCUCUACCGGCGGAGGCAAGGGAACGAAGGACAGCGGGGGUGGCUCGUCGGGCGGCGUGUACGAGGUGACCAUCCUCAACACCAAUCUGCCCUCGCGCCGCAAGAAGCAGAUCUCGCUCGACGUCAACAAAGCGCUGGGUCCGCGCAUGACCAGCGUCGUCAGUCCGAACAAAACAAAGGUCUGGGCAGUGGAGCUGCCCGUGCAAGUGCUGCGGGAGCUGGUGGCGUGCGCCGGAGGCAUCGGGUUCCACCAGCCCAUCCAGAAGUACCCGCGAUUCAAGGACGCCAUCAUCGAGCUGCGCGACGCCCUCACCGCACACGACGCGGCGUCCAUGCCCCUCGUCUUCCUCUACUCCAUUCCCGACGGCAAAUACGAGCUGUUCCUCUUCCGAUCUUGA